UAUCUGUAAAACACAAAACAGAGUUUCUUUCAAUCCACUCAUUAAUGAUGAAGAAGAAAUUAAUAAAAGAUAUUGCGAUGCUGUACAUUUAUAUCUCACGUGCUGUUAACGAAAUCAAUUUGGUGUUUUCAAUUGAGAUGAUCUGCGUGUACACAGUUUCAUUAAUUUAUGAAGUGACCAUAGCUUAUUACUUAUUAAGAGUUGCGAUGAAUUCAGCUGAGUUUUUUGACUGGGCAUCGUUGUAUCUUGCCAUGCUGGUGACACUGGCGUUUAUAAUACCAACGAUUAUAUCCAUAGGCUGCUCAUUUUAUCUGAUUACUGUGUUCCAAAAUUUCUCUUCUUACAUCGUGGAAUACGCAUGGACGACGCACAACGGAAGCAUCGAUAUGACCACACAGAUGCAGCUACUCUUUGAGCUUAUUAAACUAAGACCGAUUAAAGUAUCAUGCGGAUUUUUCGACAUUAAUUUACCAUUAAUACUUUCUAAUAUCGCUGUUGUCGGUAGUUAUUUGGUGAUCAUCUGCCAAUUUGAAAUCACAACGCAAGCAGCAACACCAAACGGUAAAUGAAAUGUUUAAUGCUGUGGAAAAUAAUAGAUUAUUAAAAAUCGA